AUGGCUGCCUUGGCUACGUGCACCUCGUGCUCGCUCUCGAGCCUCUCCGUCGCUGCUGGAACUGCCAGCCUCAGAAGACUUCAACGACCAGCAGCCGUUCCUGUGCUGCCAGCUCGGCGAUCAGUGACCGUGCGAGCAGCAAAGCUCCCCGCUGGGGUCCCGUCACCUAAAGUGGAGCCCAACAUUCCAAAGCCGUUCUGGGGUUUCACCGAGAACGCGGAGUCGUGGAACUCGCGAGCCGCCAUGAUCGGGCUGUUCGGGGUCAUUAUCUUGGAAGCGGUUGCUGGCAGAGGAAUUCUUGAGUUGAUUGGUGUGGAAAUCGGCAACGGGUUGGACCUUCCUUUCUAG